CGGCACAUAAAUGGAAAACAGCCAAUUCUGAAGAAGUACGGAAUCUAGCUCGUGAUGGCAUCGCAUAUUUGGAUGAAAGAUACAAAUUCUGGCAUCAAGAGAAACCUGUUUAUGCUCGAACUAAGGCUAGACGAAUAAAACUGCUAGCGAACUCUCAAUUUUCAAAAAGAUCGAAAUUUCCAGGAGUUAAGAGUGUUUUAGACAAAUUGCACAAAAUCGACAAUUUACAACGCAAACAUGAACAUAGCUUAGCAGUGAAACACGCUCAUCAUCUAUUAAAUGAAGUUAGAGCCUGUGAUGAAACACAAAUUCCAAAUUAUCAUGAAAUUUUAGCCAAUAUUAAUUCACUACUUGGAUUAUCCAACUUAGAAUUAGGAAACUAUUCAGAAGCAUUAAAAGCCUAUCAAGCUGCUUAUGAUCUUGGAGAGAAAAUCAAUUUACCAGAGAUUAUUUCAAAUUCAAUGGAUAAUAUGGGACGUGUUUAUGCAAAAUCAGGUGAUUAUGAUUCAGCUGUAAAAGUAUGGGAAGAGAAACUUGAGAAGUGCACCGAUGAUUUAGAUAAAGUUUGGCUCUGUUAUGAAUUAGGUCGAUGUUAUUUAGAAUUACAAAAACCGCAAAAAUCUUUUGAAUAUGGUGAGAAAGCAAUGCAUAUAGCAAAUGCUAUGGAGGAUAAACCAUGGCAAUUAAAUAUCAAUGUUUUGAUUGGGCAGUCAAAUCUACAAUUAAAAAAGCGUACUGAAGCUCAAGAAGCUUUUAACAAAGCCUAUGAUUUAGCUAAAGAACUUAAAGCUCGUGAUGCUGAAAAGGCUAUCUUAGAGGUUAUCGAUGAACUACAAAGCACUGGUAGAGAGAUUGAUACAGAUGCAUUCACUGAUACCGAAGAGAAUGUGGGCUCAGAAGAAUUAACAACUCCACGAAGUAAACCACCGUCAACAGACCAUCAGAAAAUACAGUCCACUGAAGCACAGGAAGAGAUUAAUCUAAGCGGGGAAUAA